UACAAUAUAAGGAUAGUUCUAAGAUAUUAUAUCAAUUAUAUAAAGUUAUAACUUUUUAAGUUAUUGUGCAUAAUGUAACUUAGAUUAUUGAUUAUUGUUUCAUAAAACAUAUUAAUAUUUUAAUCUUAUGUUUGUAUAAAAGAAUUAAAUUUCCCAGAAAUAAUCUUAUAUACAAUUGAAAAUAUUUUGUGCUCAUGUGAUGUAAAGAGUGUGACGUUGUGAUCAUCCGAUAUUACGUCAUCGUUAUCCCCUUCCUCUUUUGCAACCGGCGCUCAUUCUAUCGUGACAUGUUGGAGUACAUUUAUAUAUUAGAAGUGACAUAUUCAUUGUGUGAAGUUACUUACAGUUUUCAACUGACCGUGUUUUAAUUUGCAAUUAUUAUUUCCUUCAAUAACCGAGAAGUGUAUCUGUCUUUUUAAAAACGUAUGUGGCUUAUAUCACAAAAGUCGAAUUAUAUCUAAACCACGUUUUGCGCGCGUUUUAUAAAAAUACUAUUUUUGUAUCGAUAAAUUAUCUCACGAUGAUUUUCUACAUAUAGAAUAUCAAUAAUUUUAACUAACGAAAAUUAAUUGACCAUAUUAAUUAAUUUCUAUACAAUAUUAAUAUUGAAAUUGUAUAACAUUUAACAAAAUAAAUUGUUUCUGUCGGAACUUAACAUGUUCCUUCCAAUACUUCAUUAAUACUACUCAAUGUUAAAGAAAUUUGGUUAAUUUUAAUAAUUACUCUCAAGAAUUGAUGUUUAUCAAUUUUGCAGAUAAUUUUUACAUUCAUAAUAAAGAUGAAAAUAAUAAAAAAUUCCAGUUGAGAAUAAUUUAGAGCAUAAAUUUCGAUAGUUCUAUUUCUGAUAAUUGUGCAAACGAAACUAGAUUUAAAUAAAGAUAUCGGUAUGGCUUCUUGCCCUCGUUCGUAAUUCCCUGUACUCUAUAUAGAACUCACGUACGUACAAACCCAUAUUAUUUAAACCUGGGGUUCAUAGUACUGUUAUUCCACCCCUGGUUGCAUACUAAAUGCAUGGAAUGCGCAGAAUGUCCACGAGAAGUGUUGUGGCGGGUCUCUGCUGCAUCAGCCGUUAAGUAGUGUAUUAUGCUAACAUAAAAUGUGAAAUUUCUCUAACUAUUUUUACGAGUUCGUUUCUCAAGUUUUGCCAUAAAAGUCACGCGAAAAGGUUCCAAAUCUUACGUUCAAUAAAUUUUUAACGGAACUCUUCGAUUUUUCGUCAUAUCCUAUUACUUAUCAUUGUAGUCAGUCAUAGUGUGUAAAAAGACGUGAAAUUAGGGCGUGAAAAGGUUUGUUCAAUUGGAAUUCUCGCAAAAGUUUAAAAAGAAAAUAUACGCAAAGAUAGACAAUACAUGUAACGAUCUAUUCUAGAAAGUUGGGUGAUUUCACUCUACAAGUUUAUUAAAUAAUUAAAUUAUUACUAAUGUUGUAAACAUUGAAAUAAAUGCAUAUCUCUGAAAUUUUUUUGAAUAAUAAUAUGUAAUAACAUCAGAUAUGACUGGUUCAGAAUUAAUUCUGCACAUGUCUGUUUGUUCCCUGAAGAUAAUGCGACACAAUAUUCACAAAUAUUUUAUAAACAAUGAUUUGUAAUUCUAAAACUAUAGUAAUGACAUUGAUCAGUAAUUUUAAGAUAACUAACGAAAAUCAGGAUUUUUAUGGCCCUAACAUUGAAACAAUAAAAAAUGUCUAGAAAGCGUGCUAGAGAAGAAACUAUGUUGAAUUCUACAUCUUAUUCAAAUAUUCAAAAUGGAGAAGAUGCUUCGUGCUCCAGGGAAGAUUCACCUGUUUAUCCUCUAGUGACAAUGACUUGGGGGACCGACAGGAAUUCAAAUAAUGAAUCAGGUCGAAAUUCGCUGAAAAAGUAUAGUAGCGAAAUUUCUGUUUACCAUAAAGAACUUCCAUCAAUUUGUAAGGAAGCUCCUUUUAGUGAUGAUCCAGAAGCACUUGCUGAACGAAAUGCAUGUGAUUAUAACAUUCGUAUUACAUUAAAAAUGGCAAAAAAUGGUAAAGCUCCUAGGAAAAUUAGAGUCUAUGCAGAUGGUAUUUAUGAUCUGUUUCAUCAAGGACAUGCACGACAACUUCUACAAGCAAAAAAUAUUUUCCCUAAUGUAUAUCUUAUCGUAGGAGUUUGUAAUGACCAAUUAACACAUAGUAAAAAGGGAAGAACAGUUAUGACAGAUAUUGAAAGAUAUGAUGCAGUAAGACAUUGUCGCUAUGUAGAUGAAGUAGUUAGGGAUGCACCUUGGGAACUGGAUGAUGAAUUUCUUACAAAGCAUAAAAUCGACUUUGUUGCUCAUGAUGAUAUACCUUAUAUGACAGAUGAUAGUACAGAUGUUUAUGCAGGUUUGAAAGCUAAGGGUAUGUUUGUAGCUACACAAAGAACAGAAGGAGUAUCAACAUCUGAUAUUGUUGCAAGAAUAGUUAAAGAUUACGAUAUUUAUGUAAGAAGAAAUCUUGCGCGAGGCUACAGUGCCAAAGAACUUAAUGUUUCUUUUCUCAAUGAAAAGAAAUUUCGUUUACAAAAUAAAUUUGAUGAUCUGAAAGAUAAGGGAAAACGAGUGAUGGAAAAUAUUGGUGAGAAACGUAUGGAUAUGAUUAGCAAAUGGGAAGAAAAAUCACGGGACUUUAUUGACGCUUUUCUCCUUUUAUUUGGAAGAGAAGGUAGAUUGUCAACAAUUUGGAAUGAAAGUAAAGGUCGUUUGAUGCAAGCAUUAUCUCCUCCUGCAAGUCCAAAAAGAGAUGGCAGUCCGAAUGGCAGUAAUAGCAGCAAUAACGAUGAAGAUCAGACAAGUCCACCACCAAAAAAGACUGGCCGUUUUGAAUACUCGCAGAGUAAUUAUUAUUUAAGUGAUGAUUAUAGCGACGAUGAAGAAGAAAAUUUACACUCCAAAUGAUAACUCCUUUUUUCAAAAUCACAUUCUUUAUUUUGACCAAAAAUAUCGUGCAAUCUCUUUAAAACUGUUCAAAGAUAUUUUAAUGCAGCUAUGUGAUUUCAUAAUAUGAAUUAUAAUAUUAUGCUUAAUAGUGUUUUUAUGGUAUGGUUUCAUACUAUAUACAAGAUAAAAUUAUCUGUUAUAACGUUUUCAUUCAAUCCAUGCACGGAUUAUUAUAUAUUAAUUAGAUUAUAUAUAGUAUAUGCACGAACAGAACAUAGAGAAGUUAUACAAAUUAUUUAAAACUUUCGUUGCUACUAUUGAGACUUUCAUUAUUGUUGUAUUAUUAAUAAGUUCCUAUAUUUUAAGUGAUACUUUAUCAUUCAUUUUGAGUUUCAUAUUAUGCCACAAAAACUAAUAGUCAAAAGACAUAUUUGCAUCUUGUGCAGAAGACUAUUUGAUUGUAUUCAGUUAACAAUUUGUAAUAAUUUUCAAUUCUUUUAUUACUAAUUUUAUAUAACACUUUUUUACAAGUUACCUCAUAAUUAAUUACAUAAUAUAUAUUUGCAGUGAGUAUCUUUGCUGCAGUUAGUAUUAAAUGAUAUUUUUAUUCAACAUAAUGUUAUGAGAAGUUAGUCUGUAUAAAAUUAAUAUUUAUUUAUAUUUUAAAACUUAUGUUAUUAAUAGAAUGGCAAUACGAAAAUAAGAAAUAUUUAUUAAAUAUACAAAUUUAAUUUAAUGUAUUAAGGAUAUUAAAAAAUUUGAGUAAUACUAACAAAUUUAAUUAUAUUAUUUUAUAAAUAAUUAUAAAUAAUUGUUCUUGUUCAUCAAAAAGUGUUUAUAAAAGAUACAAAUGCGCAAUUUAUUUUUACUAGUAAAUAAUCAUGUGUAGUAAAAUUUCGAUAAAAUUCACUGGAUAAAAACCCAAAUUCAAAUCAAAAUAAAUAUAGGAUUUUUAAUUUAAAUAACAAUACGUCGAAAUAGAAAGGAAUGCGUUUUGAAGACAGUGCUUUCAUUUGAAUAUAUGCAGAUAUAAUAACCCUGGAAUGGUACAACCAUUUUUAUACUUUUAAACCAUAAUGUAGUUUUAUAACAUUCUUAUAUUUAUUAAAUAUUUGAAUGAAAUAUUUUCUUAAUAUAUAAAUAAAAUAUAUAAUAAAGAUAUUUAUUAUUAUUUUCGGUAUGUAGGAUUCAGAAUAAACUAAUUUUUAACACAAAUUAGAAACUCUGUUAAUAGCAUAUAUGUAGUUCCAGGGAUUCAAACAUAUAUUAGAUGAACUUAGAUAUAAAUUUGAAGGUUAAUAUGUAUAAAAGAUCUGAAAAAAAUAUGUAUAUAUAAAUUUGUAUACAUUGAAGCAUUUCUGUUUCUUAAAAAGUACCAAUGGUGCCUGAGUUUCUUUUAUUUAAAUACAUAUAAAAUAGUAUAUUUCCAUAAAGCACGUCACAGAAUUUUCGAAGUAUGUUAAUGUUUGCUUCCCAAUGUAACUGGUGCGUAAAUUAGUAAUAUGUAAUAUGUGAUAAGAUGUAGUAUACUUUCGAUAUUUUUUUUAAUGAAUAUAUCCAACAAUGAUUAGACACGCACAUUUUUAUGAUCGAUAAAAUAAAUUUAUAUAGUUUCAACAACUUCUCUAUAAAAAGAAAAAGAUUACAAUUUAUGUUUUUGAAACGAAAAAUUGAUGUCCACAUUGUCAAAAAAUAUAUUUACGUAAGUGCAAAUGCAAAAUGUAGCAAUGUUCCAUGUUAUUUAUAUAAAAAGAAAAAUAAAACUUGUUUGAUGAAACAUUUACAAGUUGUUAGUUAAAUCAAAUAAUAUUAUUCAAUUAAAUGUAAAUUUUACACAGUAAAAUUUUUUAUUGUUUCAGCUAAAUAGGAUCAUCUAAAUAUUUAUUUUAUUAUUGUCGCAUGGAAAAAUUUCUUAGGACAAAGUUACGCUAUCUUUACUAAAUUAUAUUGAAUGGUGGAAAUAAAUUUUUCUCAAACUUAUUUUUUUUUACGAGAUUUCAAGUUCAUUAAUGAUUUUUUUAAAUGAAAGUGUAUUUUUUAAAUUUACAAAUUCGAUGAUCUCAAUGACUGUGCUAUUGAAUUCAUUUAAUCUCAAGAUAUUUGUGUCUGAAGGUAACUAUAAUUUGUAAGUAUUUAUACAACAAAGCAAGUUAUACAUUUAUGUUUGAACAUAAACACUAUUGAAAUCAUUUAUCCAGUGAACGAUUGGUUCUUCAGUUUUAUUCGAAAACUAAAGGUAUAUCGAAUGUGUAAUUGCCUAUGUAUUUAAAAAAUU